AUGUGCGCCCGGGUGGCGGGGUGCGCGGCAGCGGCCCCCGGGGGGCCCUGCGGCCCCUGGCUCAGGCUCCUGGUGGCCCUGGCCCUGGACGUCGUGAGAGUGGGCUGUGGCCAGGACUCCCUGGACCCCGUCUACCUGCCGGCGGCCCUGGAGCUCCUAGAUGCCCCCGAGCACUUCCGUGUGCAGCAAGUGGGCCGAUAUCCGCCGGCUAACUCCUCACUGGGUUCCCGAUCUGAGACGUUUCUGCUCCUGGAGCCCUGGCCCAGGGCCCAGCCACUGCUCCGGGCAUCCUACCCGCCCUUUGCCACUCAGCAGGUGGUUCCUCCCCGGGUCACUGAGCCCCACCAGCGGCCCGUCCCAUGGGACGUACGGGCCGUGUCAGUGGAAGCAGCCGUGACUCCGACAGAGCCCCAUGCCCGAGUCCUUUUCCAUCUCAAAGGGCAGGAUUGGCCGCCGGGUCCUGGCAGCCUGCCCUGUGCCCGGCUCCAUGCCACACACCCUGCGGGCACUGCUCACCGUGCCUGCCGCUUCCAGCCAUCCCUGGGCGCCUGUGUGGUGGAGCUGGCGCUCCCCUCGCAUUGGUUCUCCCAGACCUCCACCACACGGGCCGAGCUGGCCUACACGCUGGAGCCUGCAACCGAUGGUCCUGGUGGCUGUGGCCCUGGCAGGGAAGACGACCCCGGGAAGCAGGCCCUCCCAGUGGGAAAUGUGGAGCUGCGGUCGGUAGACCCCCCGAAAUACCAGGAGGUGCCCUUGGAUGAAGCCGUGACUCUGCGGGUGCCCGACAUACCUGUGCGGCCCGGCCAGACCUUCAGUGCCACCCUUCUCCUUCGGCACAACUUCACAGCCAGCCUCCUGAGCCUGCGGAUCAAAGUGAAGAAGGGACUGCAUGUGACAGCUGCCCGCCCGACGCAGCCCAGCCUCUGGACUGCCAAGCUGGAUCGUUUCAAGAGUUCCAAGCACCACACCACCCUCAUCACCUGCCACCGUGCUAGGUCCCCAGGACCAGACUCCAGCCCCCUUGGACUGUCCGAGUUCCUGUGGGUAGACUUUGCAGUGGAGAAUGGCACCGGUGGGGGAGUGUCGGUCACUCGCCCCGUCACGUGGCAGCUGGAGUACCCUGGCCAGGCCCCCGAGGCAGAGAAGGACAAAAUGGUGUGGGAGAUCCUGGUGUCAGAACGUGACAUAAGAGCCCUCGUCCCACUGGCCAAGACAGAAGAGCUGGUGAACACGGCCCCGCUGACUGGAGUGCCCCGGCAUGUCCCCGUGCGCCUUGUCACCGUGGACAGCGGGGGGGUCCUGGUGGAGGUGACAGAGCACAUUGGCUGCGAGUCGGCCAACACACAGGUCCUGCAGGUGUCUGAGACCUGUGAUACUGUGUUUGUGGCUGGCAAGGAGAGCCAGGGUGCUCAGGGGGUUCGGGUGGCCUUCUGGUGGCGCCGGCUGCGGGCCUCGCUGCGAUUGACUGUGUGGGUCCCCAUGCUGCCCCUGCGCAUCGAGCUGACCGACACCACCCUGGAGCAGGUCCGAGGCUGGAGGGUCCCAGGCCCAGCCGAGGGGGCCUUGGAGCCAGAUGCCGCUGCUGGUACGGAGGAGGCAGAGCGGCGCGCCCGCGGCUGCCGCCUGCAGUACCAACGCGCUGGCGUGCGUUUCCUUGCUCCGUUCGCUGCCCAUCCGCAGGACGGCGGCCGCCGCCUCACCCACCUGCUUGGCCCUGACUGGCUUCUGGACGUGUCCCACCUGGUGGCGCCCCACGCUCGUGUCCAGGACCCACGCAUAGCCUCGCUGGAGGGCGGCCGCGUCUUGGUGGGCCGGGAGCCUGGCGUCACCUCCAUCGAGGUGUAUUCCCCGCUGUCUGACUCCAUUCUGGGGGAGCAGGCAUUGGCCGUGACAGAUGACAAGGUGUCGGUGCUGGAGCUGAGGGUGCAGCCAGUGAUGGGCCUAUCAAUGGCUCUGAGCCGGGGUCAUGCCCACCCCGGAGAGGUCACAGCCACGUGCUGGGCACAGUCAGCCCUCCCCGCCCCAAAGCAGGAGGUGGCCCUCUCUCUCUGGCUGUCCUUCUCUGACCACACCCUGGCCCCUGCCGAGCUCUAUGAUCGUCGUGACCUGGGACUGUCCAUCUCAGCCGAGGAGCCCGGUGCCAUCCUGCCAGCAGAGGAGCAGGGGGCCCAGCUCGGUGUAGUAGUGAGUGGGGUGGGGGCUGAGGGGCUGCCCCUGCAUGUGGCUCUGCACCCAGCCGAGCCAUGCCGCCGAGGCCGCCACCGAGUGCCCCUGGCUUCAGGCACUGCCUGGCUGGGACUGCCCCCUGCCCCCACUCCAGCCCCUGCCCUCCCAUCCACCCCUGUCCGGAUCCCAUUGGCCACAGAGGCUAGCCUGGAUGGUGAACAGCGGGCAGUGGGCAGUGUGGGGGUCAGUGGGGGAGUAAGGGGCAAGUUUGAGCUGGCCGAGGAAGAAGCUGAGGCCAGGGAAGAGGAGGACGGGGAGGAAGAGGAGGAAAUGGUGCCUGCCCCUCAGCGGAUCACUGACCUCGAGUUGGGCAUGUAUGCUCUACUGGGCAUCUUCUGUCUGGCCAUCCUCAUCUUCUUGGUCAAUGGUGUGGUCUUCGUGCUGCGCUAUCAGCGCAAGGAGCCUCCCGACAGCGUCACCGACCCUACCUCCCCACAGCCCCACAACUGGGUCUGGCUGGGCACUGACCAGGAGGAACUGAGCCGUCAGCUGGACCGGUGCUCCCCUGGACCGGCUAAGGGGGAGGGAAGCUGCCCCUGUGAGAGUGGGGGAGGAGGGGAGACCCCAGCCCAGGCCCCUGGCCCUGAUGGAAGCAUCACUAGCUCUUCCGGCACCCUGGCCCGCAAGGAAGCUGGGGGGCGGCGGAAGCGUGUUGAGUUUGUAACGUUUGCGCCAGCCCCCCCAGCCCAACUGCCCGAGGAGCCCGUAGGGGCCCCUGCAGUGCAGUCCAUCCUGGUGGCGGGUGAGGAGGACAUCCGCUGGGUGUGUGAGGACAUGGGGCUGAAGGACCCUGAAGAGCUACGUAACUACAUGGAAAGGAUCCGAGGCAGCUCUUGA